AAGACGGGCGAGCACGUCGCGGAGGUGUUUGAGUACGUCGCGCGCCGCGUGGUCAUGCGCUGGGAGUACGAGGAGGCGCUGGAUGCGCGCACGCUGCACAUGCAGGAGGCAGACGACACCAUUCACCUCACCCACGCGCACCCAGAUCGGACGCGGACCAUUGCAUCGUGUUGUGGG